CUAUCGGCAAUAAAAUGCCACGGUAGCUUUCCUUCUCCAAAGCUACUGUAGGACUUAAUAGUACUUGCCAGGUCAAACCUGGUGUAUUUUCUAGUUUGGAAUAAAAUCCUCCUUAAAAUCAAUAAAUCUUGAUAUGUUUUUCAAAAUCACGAUUUUUUCCAAAACCCCCCCCCCAUUUUUUGAGAAAACCCUCUGAAGACACUAUAAAUUCGAGAAAAAUCCAAAAUUAUCGUAGGGUGUCAAAAACACAUGAAUACAUAUGAAAUUAAUGAUAUGAAAAAAAAGAUUAUUUAUUAGUAUUAGUAAAUAACCCUUCAAAUGUAAGACUAUAGCGAGGAGAAUAUUAUGAACAAAUUUGUCUUCUUUAAUAUUUCGGAAGUUGCUAUUUGCAAGAAAGAGAGAAAAAAAGGAAGUAAAUGUUUUCAGACGUCAGACUGCUGGCAGUGUUGCACAGGCUAACCAGUUUCUUGUGCUUCAUAAGGAAAAAACAUCUCACUAAGAACUCCUGGCUCUUAAUUCCAUUUUUUGCACUAGAAUAAAAGCCAUCAUGGAUUUUGUGAAAAUACUUCUUUUUAAUGUAGUGGCCAUGACAUUAUGCUAUUUAUUACUGGUUGAAGGUGCAGGAUGCCAUUACUUUCAUAAAUAUGAGAAAGAGAACCUCACCAUAAAAUGUGAUCUAUGUAUUGACCAAAAUAUGUCUGUUUGCUGGUACAACUACAAUAAGGAAAACAUAAGCUGUGAAGGUUGCAGUCUCACGGUUCCUAAACAUGGGGGAAUAUUUGAAUGCAGAAAAGAAGACAUGAAAAACACUUCUUUUAGUUUACAAAGUAAUAACAAUACAACCAGCAAUUCCCGCAGUACUUUUAUCAUUUCAUCAGUUUCAGACCAAGAAAAACAGAACAAUCAGAAAUCACAAAUUAUCAAUAUAAGUGACAAUGUUAAUCUUUACUGUCAGUUUAACAGGAGCAAUUUACAAUUCAUUUCAUUUUGGGUAGCUGCCUAUCCAAAUCGUGGCAAUCACUGUUUAUUCUCACUGGAUAACUACUUUACUGAUUUUAAUAAAAAUGUUUAUUGCCAUUCUGUUGUUGGUGAGGGGCAAAAUAGGAUUAAUUUUUUUAAUUUAAGCAACCCUUAUGAUAAAAUUCAGAAACAACAUUUAGAAAUCAGAAAAGCCAAAUCAUCUGAUAGUGGCACCUACUUAUGCUUAUAUUUUAUUUGGAACAAUGGUAAACUGGAGUGGAAAUUAGGAAGCAACAUAUCUCUUGAAGUACAAGAUCCAACAGACAAUGCUGGAAGAUGUUCUACAGUGCCCAAUUCCCAUAAUACAACGUAUGCAACUUCACACAGAAAUCACAUGCGCAGCACUGAGGAGACAACUUACAAUGCUAGAUCUGGUCAGAAUAUAUUCAUUGGGGUUGGAAUGACAGGAGGAAUUAUUAUUAUUAUGAGUGCACUUAUACUGCUGUUUUUGUACAUUAAAAAGUCUAGAAAAAACAAGAUGAAACAACAAAGAAUCAGAAAUCCAGAUACUGUGGACUUGCCUAAUGAUUAUGAAUGUACACCUUAUGCAAUAUGUGAAAGAAAAGACAUGGAGGAGAAUCCAGACUCUGCCUAUUCAGUGGUGAAUAAGCCCAAACGGGCACCAGAAGCAGACUAUUCCGAGGUGGACAUUACUCCCACAGGAGCUGAUUUAUGUGCUGCAUAUUCUGUGGUUAAUCUAAAACAAAAGAUAAAUCAAUAAGUUCCAAAAACUUGAAGCUGAAUUGGACUUAGUCUAAUCACAACUGUGAUGUAUGCUAUAUAAUUGCGAAAGCACGAAGAGGGUAUCCAAGAGCAAGAAAUCAUGAUGCAGCAGGAUUCGAAGACAGAAUAUAUCCUACCUCUAGGAUUCUGUUUAAUAAUACUAAAAUAUUCUAUUAGAUGUUAUGAGGAACUCUUAUAAAAUCUAAACAUUAUAAAUUCUUUAAUUAGUAAACAUUUUAUAACAAAGAUAAUUUGGUAAUUUUUGCAGAGGCAACUGACUGAGCAUUACUCAGAUAAUUCUAGAAUGUGUAAGAGAGUGUCUGACUCCUGUAACCUCAACAUCUGCCAUAGGCAAAGCAUUUUCUAUUUUUCUCAAACUGCAAAUGGUGUUUUGAUUACUAUUGGGUUUUCAGAUAGAAACAUUAUGGUUCCUAUUUAUCAUGCUGUGUAAAACACUGGAGGAAUACAUCACCUGUGAUGUUGCCCAUAGCAACCAAUUACAUGUUUGCUUUUGUUUUCUAACUUGUAGGUGACUGUUGAAAUCAAAUUGCUGAUUGGUUGUUAUAUUUGUUCCAUAGGCCCUAUAACACCAGUAUAAGGAACAAGGGAAGGUGCUCAGCAUUAUCUAUGUGACCCUUACGAUAAGAAACAAACUGUAUUAUAUAUUCUCAGACAUUGAAAAAACAUGACUGAGAAUACAAUAAUUGGUGACUUCAGUGACCAUUCAUAUAUUUCAGUACAACAGUUUAUUAAUUUAAUCAUAAAGGGUUUAUUGACAUAUAUCAGAAGACUAUAUAUAUCUAUAUCUAUCUAUCUAUCUAUCUAUCUAUCUAUCUAUCUAUCUAUCUAUCUAUCUAUCUAUCUAUCUAUCUAUCUAUCUAUCAUCUAUCUAUCUAUAGUCUAUUCUUUAAGUACCUGCACUCUUCAUUCCUCGAUACGGUGUGGGUGCUAUGGUCAAUAAUAAUAUGUAUCCUUCACAAUAGACCAGCAAUCCAGUAGAAUUUCAAAUCAAAACCUGUUUAUUUAAACAUCACUCUCGUGUCCAACGUUUCAGCCCACAUUGGGGCCUUUAUCAAGGAUAAAGUGCAAGUGAUGAAGGGGGUGUAUAAACACAUACAAAAAAGCGCCAAGAUGACAUCAUUAACAAUCAAUUUAUACAAUUAGUGCAAUCCUCUAUGCAAUGAAUGCAUGAAUGGGUGUCAUACUCCAAAUUUAUUUACCUCUAGGUAUCACUGGUGCCACACUAUGUUUAAGUAAUGUAUUUUGUGCUGUAAUCAUAUAUAUAGUCCAGUUAGUGUAGCAUGUAAUCCAUAAAAAUUACAAUGUGAAAAAAUGCCAAUGGCUCAGAAAAAUUAUUAUAAAAAAUGCUAAAAUAUG